AUGGCGUAUAUGGUUCCAGCAAAUGAGAAGGUAGAUAAACAAAAUUUAACUACAAUCUGUGGCUGGGUACACAAUAGCGUUAGGUCAAGCGGUGUCUUCCAUGGCGAUAAUCCGAUGAUGUUUGCCGGUCCGGUUCUCCUAGUGCAGCUCGGUAUCUCUUCUUUGCUCACUGCAAUCUUGCAGUUUCUUCUCAAUCCUCUUGGUGAAACUGCCUUCAUCUCUCAGUCACUCGUGGGUAUGGCAUUGGGGCCUUCAUUUUUGUCAAACGGUUCAAUCAGAAGCAUAAUCUUUCCACCCCAAAGCUUGUACAUCAGCGAAACAUUUGCCUACUUUGGCCUCAUGCUCUUCCUCUUCCUCGUCGGAGUAAAAAUGGAUCUCGGCAUCAUCAGAAAGUCCGGUAGGCGAGCAGUGGUCAUCGGCGUCUGCAACUUCUUCAUCCCACUGGCGCUCAACGAAGCCCUGGCUUUCAUUUUACGCCGAACAAUCCCCAUGGACCAAACCCUGUAUACUUCUCUUCCGUGGAUCGCCUCAUUUCAAUGCCUAACCUCCUUCUACGUCAGCGCUUGCGUCCUCGACGACCUUCACCUCCUCAACUCCGAGCUCGGCCGACUUGCGCUCCCAGCAUCGAUGAUUAGCGGCUUGUGUAAUUGGUCAUGGACACUGAUCACCUUUACAGCCAGGAAAACCCUAAUGGCCGGAGGAGGACAACACAUGUUGUUACUUGUCGGCUUUUUAGUCAUUUGCAUGAUCGCUAUCAUUAUAUAUGUCCUGAAGCCACUGAUGCUUUGGAUGGUGAGACAGACAGGCGACGACGAAACGGUGAGGGAGUCCUAUAUUUUUGGAAUCUUUGUCAUGGUAUUGGGGUGUUCGAUGUUAGGUGAGAUCAUCGGACAACACUUUUUGGUCGGUCCAAUGAUUCUGGGACUGGCAGUCCCGGAAGGGCCUCCUUUGGGGACAGCCUUGGUUACGAAGCUCGAUACCUAUGUUUCAACGAUUCUGUUGCCGAUAUAUUUUGUUGUCAAUGGUUCCAGGAUAGAUUUCUCCCUUAUACAUCUUAAGACCUUUGGGAUUGUGCAGUUGAUGGGAGUUUUUGGAUUGAUGUGUAAACUAAUAGGGACUAUAUUGUCUUCCUUUUACUGUGAGUUAGCUUUGAAUGAUGCAGUGUCAUUAGGCCUUGUCAUGAGCGUUCAAGGCAUCACUGAUGUUUUGUUUAUUGGAUUUGCAUCACGACUUCAGUACAUUAACGAGGAAGAGUACAAUAUCUUGGUCUUAUCAGCAAUUUUCUUUGGUGCCGCCAUAACCCCUAUUUUGAAGGCAAUUUACAAGCCAUCUAAGAGAUACAUUGCCUAUAAGAGGAGGACAAUCGAACAUACAAAACCUGGUAGUGAACUGCGAAUGCUUGCUUGCAUCCACCAGGAAGAUCAGACCCCUUCCCUCAUCAACCUCCUCAAAUCCUCCAACCCAUCUUCCAAAAGCCCUAUUUUCUUCUACCUCAUCCACCUAAUCGAGCUUUCAGGACGAUCCGCACCCAUCCUGGUCGUUCAUCGUGUCGGGAAAAGGUCCUCGAUGCACUCCCACCAAUCGGAUCACAUAAUAAAUGCUUUCAGAUUAUACGAGCAACAAAACCAAGGUGCUGUGAUGGUGAACCCUUACACAACCAUCUCACCUUACGCGACAAUGCACGACGAGGUAUGUGCACUUGCGCUGGACAGGAAAGUUUCCUUAAUCAUCUUGCCAUUUCACAAAUUCUUGACCAUUCACGGAGCAGAAGAAUCAAACAAUUCUAUCAGAAUAGUAAAUCGAAACAUCCUGAGGGCAGCCCCUUGCUCCGUAGGGAUCUUAGUUGACCGCGGCACAUUGGGCAGUAGCUCUCACAACAUGAAAAGCAAUACUGCAUUUAACAUUGGGGUGAUCUUCUUGGGAGGGCAAGAUGACCGUGAAGCAUUGGCGUAUGCUAAUAGAAUGGCUGAACAUCCGAAUGUCAACCUCAUGGUGGUUCAUUUGGUCGAGUACUCUACCAAGAAGUACAAGAUGACAUGGGACAUGCAACAAGACUUUGAGUUGAUCAAUGAGUUUAAGAUCGCCACCACGUGUAACAAAUACUUUGUUUACAAGGAAGAAGUGGUGUAUGAUAGUGUGGAAGUGAUCGGCAUCAUCCGAACACUUGAUAGUUGUUUUGACUUAAUCUUGGUGGGAAGGCACCAUCACAGUGCUUCCCAAUUGUUGCCUGGAUUAACAGAAUGGAAUGAGUUUCCAGAGCUAGGGUACAUUGGAGACAUGUUAGUUUCAUCGGAUUCCAGUUGCAAGGCAUCAGUCUUAGUAGUGCAACAACAAGUAUUUGUGGGUGGAGACAUAUUGGAUAGCCCUAUGUGUGUUAUUGGAGGUUCAUUUUCUGUUGUUGAUAUGCCUUGGGACAAUGCUAAAGUUUGUCCAGCUCCUCACUAUUCUCGAGAAUUGGGUAAAUAGGAAUUUUUGACAACAAUGUCGAGCGAUAGCUUUUCAAGCAUUUACAUGUACAUUAGACAUUUGUUGUUUGUAGAAAAUGAAGGUUAACCUUAGAAUAGGAUGAUUAUAAAAGAUCAGGUAAAAAAACUCUGAAA